GGUCGAAGACUAUAGGCUAUAGUCAUUUGUUACUCAUAACAAAAUACAAACAUGUUCUCCAAAGUGGUAGCUCUCUGCGCCUUCGUGGCUGUGGCCCAGGCUGGCCUCCUGGCCGCGCCCGCCCACUACUCCUCCGCCGCGGCGGUCUCUUCCCAGAGCAUCGUGCGCCACGACCAGCCCGCCCCCGUCGCCAAGCUCGCCGUGGCCGCCCCCGUGUACCACGCCGCCCCCGCCCCCGUCGCCUACCACGCCGCCCCCGCCGCCGUCACCUACCACGCCGCCCCCGCCCCCGUGGCCUACCACGCCGCCCCUGCCGUCGCCUACCACGCCGCUCCCGUCGCCAAGGUCCUGGCUCACGAGGAAAUCGCGCACCCCAAAUACGAGUACACCUACUCCGUCGCUGACGGCCACACCGGCGACAACAAGUCCCAGCAGGAGUCCCGCGACGGCGAUGUGGUGAAGGGCUCUUACUCCUUCCACGAGGCUGACGGCUCCAUCAGGACCGUGGAGUACACCGCCGACGACCACAACGGCUUCAACGCGGUCGUGCACAACACCGCCCCCACCGCCGCCCCUGUCGUGGUUAAGGCCGCCCCUGUUGUGUACAAGGCCGCCCCUGUUGUGUACAAGGCCGCCCCCGUUGUGUACAAAGCCGCCCCCGCUCUCCAGUACUACCACCACUUAUUCACUCCAAUAACAAUGUUCUCUAAAGUGGUAGCUCUCUGCGCCUUCGUGGCUGUGGCCCAGGCUGGCCUCCUGGCCGCGCCCGCCCACUACUCCUCCGCCGCGGCGGUCUCUUCCCAGAGCAUCGUGCGCCACGACCAGCCCGCCCCCGUCGCCAAGCUCGCCGUGGCCGCCCCCGUGUACCACGCCGCCCCCGCCCCCGUCGCCUACCACGCCGCCCCCGCCGCCGUCACCUACCACGCCGCCCCCGCCCCCGUGGCCUACCACGCCGCCCCUGCCGUCGCCUACCACGCCGCUCCCGUCGCCAAGGUCCUGGCUCACGAGGAAAUCGUACGUACCGUUUUAUUAUUUACUGCAANCUACCACGCCGCCCCUGCCGUCGCCUACCACGCCGCUCCCGUCGCCAAGGUCCUGGCUCACGAAGAAAUCGCUCACCCAAAAUAUGAGUACACCUACUCCGUCGCUGACGGCCACACCGGCGACAACAAGUCCCAGCAGGAGUCCCGCGACGGCGAUGUGGUGAAGGGCUCUUACUCCUUCCACGAGGCUGACGGCUCCAUCAGGACCGUGGAGUACACCGCCGACGACCACAACGGCUUCAACGCGGUCGUGCACAACACCGCCCCCACCGCCGCCCCUGUCGUGGUUAAGGCCGCCCCUGUUGUGUACAAGGCCGCCCCCGCCCUCCAAUACUACCACCACUAUAUCAAUUUGUUAAUCACUCCAGUAACAAUGUUCUCUAAAGUGGUAGCUCUCUGCGCCUUCGUGGCUGUGGCCCAGGCUGGCCUCCUGGCCGCGCCCGCCCACUACUCCUCCGCCGCGGCGGUCUCUUCCCAGAGCAUCGUGCGCCACGACCAGCCCGCCCCCGUCGCCAAGCUCGCCGUGGCCGCCCCCGUGUACCACGCCGCCCCCGCCCCCGUCGCCUACCACGCCGCCCCCGCCGCCGUCACCUACCACGCCGCCCCCGCCCCCGUGGCCUACCACGCCGCCCCUGCCGUCGCCUACCACGCCGCUCCCGUCGCCAAGGUCCUGGCUCACGAAGAAAUCGCUCACCCCAAAUAUGAGUACACCUACUCCGUCGCUGACGGCCACACCGGCGACAACAAGUCCCAGCAGGAGUCCCGCGACGGCGAUGUGGUGAAGGGCUCUUACUCCUUCCACGAGGCUGACGGCUCCAUCAGGACCGUGGAGUACACCGCCGACGACCACAACGGCUUCAACGCGGUCGUGCACAACACCGCCCCCACCGCCGCCCCUGUCGUGGUUAAGGCCGCCCCUGUUGUGUACAAGGCCGCCCCUGUUGUGUACAAAGCCGCCCCCGCCCUCCAGUACUACCACCACUAAUGUAGAAUGAAAUCGGAACUAU